AUUUCAGAUCUGCUGCUGCUUCUGUUCCUGCGUCUCAUCCCUGUGCACCACAUCGCCAAGCCUGUCCGGAGGGGUGUGAAACAUGGCCUUCCACAGCGCUGAUCUGACCAGAAAACAACCAUGGCAUGUCCUGAUGUCCGUGUACUCACCUGUCUGCUUGGCCCUGCUGUCCCUCCUCCUUGCUCCGGUACUUGGACAACUAGACCUCAACCGAUUGGAUGGAGAUACCGUCUGCCCACCGAUGAGAAGCGGACAAGACGACCUUCCAGGUUUUGAUCUGAUCACCCAGUUCCAGCUGGAUGUGAUCCCUCUGAAAGGUGUGCGUAAAGUGGACGGCUCCACCCCCCUCCAGGUGGCGUACCGCCUCGACCGAGAGGCCAACUUCCAAAUUCCAACCAUGCUGAACUUUCCCCGGGGUUUUCCUGACGAGUACUCCUUCAUGGUGACCUUCCGCAUGAUUAAGAACACAGUGAACAAGGUUUGGAACAUCUGGCAAAUUGUGGAUGAAGAUGGCCAAAAACAAGCCGGGCUACGAUUCAAUGGAGACCAGCAGGCUCUGGAGUACUUCCUGAUGGGUGCUGAUGGCAACCUGCAGACCGUCAUCUUCCCUGGUCUGUCUGUGCUGUUCAACACCAAAUGGCACAAGGUGAUGAUCGGCGUGGAGCGUGAGCAGGUUACCCUAUACGUGGACUGCCAGCCUGUGGAUCGGAAACCCAUUAAAGGCAAAGGCCCUGUCAACACAGAGGGAGACACUCUCAUUGGCAGGCUGGAUGCUGAUCCUGACGCCUCUGUAGUGUUUGAGCUUCAGUGGAUGCUAAUUCACUGCGACCCAAAGAGAGCGCAGAGAGAGAGCUGCAGCGAGCUGCCUGCCACCGAGAUGUAUGCCAAUGCUGAGCCUGACAAAUCAGUCCAAGGCCCUCCAGGUGCCCCUGGCCCUGAAGGCCCCAGAGGGGACCCCGGAGAGGAUGGCAGAGAUGGAAGAGAUGGUCUUCCGGGUUCUCCUGGCAGUCCAGGCAGUCCUGGCAGCAAAGGAGACAAGGGAGAGAUCGGUCUUCCAGGGCAGAGAGGUCUGCCUGGCCUUCCAGGACCCGCUGGUUCUCCAGGUCCUAUGGGUCCCAGAGGACUCGUUGGUGAGAGAGGACUUCCUGGCUUUCCUGGACCAGCAGGUCCUCCUGGCCCAGCAACAGAAGGACCCGCUGGACCACCAGGGAAACCAGGAACCCCAGGAGAUGAAGGAAACAUCGGCCCUGAGGGUCCCCCUGGACCCAGAGGUACAGCUGGUGUAGCAGGGCCUCCUGGCCCUCCUGGUCCCCCAGGGCCUGUGGGACCUCCUGGUGCCAACGCUGAGGGAAGUGGGGAAGCUUGUCCUGCUGCCUGCCCUGCUGGACCUCAGGGACUGCCUGGGCUACCAGGAAUGAAGGGACACAAAGGUUUGGCCGGUGAGCCUGGAAAAGAUGGAAUACCUGGAGACAAGGGAGAGACCGGAGCAGAUGGUCCUCAGGGUCCACCAGGACGCAUGGGAGAUGACGGUCAAAGGGGGCCAAUCGGAUUUCCCGGAAGCCCUGGAGAAAAGGGAGACAAAGGUCCUCCUGGUUUCAAUGGUAUCCCUGGACCCACUGGUCCGCCUGGAGCUCCAGGUGUGGAGGGAAUCCGUGGACGUCAGGGACUGCUGGGGCCUAAGGGUGACGAAGGUGCUGUCGGACCGCAAGGAGAGACAGGAAAGCCUGGGGAAAAAGGAGAAACUGGAGAACCAGGGACAGACGGACUGGAUGGACUUCCUGGAGCUGAUGGGGCCAAGGGAGAGCCUGGUACUCCUGGAGCCUCUGGUAUUCGGGGGAUUGUGGGUAUUCCAGGGCUGCCAGGGAAGCAGGGAGUAGUCGGACCCGCUGGUGCAAAGGGCGACGCUGGUGACGUGGGAGCCAUUGGACCAGUUGGACUUCCCGGAAAAACUGGUGAGACUGGAGCUCCAGGAGAAGAUGGAAAACCAGGAGAUAAAGGAGCUACUGGUGAAACCGGAAAGCAGGGGCCAGUGGGGCCUGCAGGUCCUCCAGGAAUCCAGGGUGACAAAGGAGAUAAAGGUAGCACUGGUGCAAAGGGACUGAAGGGUCAUACGGGACACAAAGGUGAUCAGGGACCCAUGGGACCCAUGGGACCAAAAGGAAGUCUGGGGGACACUGGUAUGGCCGGAGAUCCUGGAGUUAAAGGAGACCAGGGCCCUCCUGGUGUUACUGGACUCAAAGGAGAGCGUGGAGAGAAAGGCAUAAGAGGAGCCACAGGAGCUGAAGGUAGACCAGGUCAGCCAGGCCACGAGGGGUUAGCUGGACCACAGGGUGCCCGAGGGCUGGAGGGAGAACCAGGUCUUCCUGGAGCACCAGGUCCCAGGGGCCUACCUGGUCCAAAGGUGGCCGAUGAACAGCUUCGAGAAAUAUGUGCUGCUGUUGUUGAAGAACAAUUAUCAGAAUUCAAGAAAGAGCUCCUGAAGAAACCAGCACCCAUCGGUGCCCCUGGUACUCCUGGACCAGCAGGCCCUCCCGGAGAGCCUGGACCAGCUGGACCAGCAGGAGCCGCAGGGGCAAUGGGUCCCAAAGGCCCUCCAGGGUUCUUUGGCCUUCCAGGAGCACCGGGUAAAAAAGGGGACGCUGGAGAAAAGGGAGAUAAAGGAGACAAGGGAGAGGACGGCGUCGGAAUUAAAGGAAGCCCAGGUGCACCAGGAGCUCCAGGUGCUGCAGGUGCUCCUGGUAUUGGCAAAGAUGGCAAAGAUGGAGAACGUGGUGAGACGGGGAGCCCUGGCACCCCAGGCGCAUCUGGUCCGAGGGGUCCAUCAGGGCCCCCUGGCCUUUGUGACCCUUCAACCUGUAUAGGCAGAAUUCCACCUCUCUAUAUGGUCAGCGGAAAGAAGUCUGCCAGCUACAAAAAUCCAUGAGACACUGCAGAUGUCAGCAUCCAGUGACCAUGUCUAAGGGUUUCUCACAAGUCCACAUGCUUUAGUCUUGUCUCCACUGGAACCGUGGAUCUCCAAGACACAAAGGGAAACAGAGACAAGGCACAAUUGUAGAAUACUGUAAAGACAAUUUAACUGUAUGUGAUUUUAGUAAGAGCUUAUCUGAUGGGGUGUACUCAAAGAUAGCUGCUACUGAUGCCAAAGUGAUGUACCCAGCUGACGACAGGUCUGCAGCCCAAACCCUCCUCACCCCUGACCUUUAAUGCUGUUCUAUCAGCGAGACAAACCGACCACCUCUAAAACAUUCUAAAGGUACAUCUUUGUAAAUCCCUCUUGCAUGUACUUUUUUAUUCCCUGAAUAAGCUCAUUGAAAAGCAUUCUUCAGCCUCUUCUCUAACGCUGUUGCUCCAAAUAAAGCCUUCUGUCCAACAGAACACUAAACCUGGUCCCAUAACGUCUCCACUGCAUUGAUGAGCCAAUUAGAAAACUAUAGAGGGAAGUCACGCCAAGUGUUUGCUUCCAAAACAAAACAUGUUCAUAUUAUUAUAGUGACAUUUCUGUUCAACUGCAGACCAGAGCUGACGUCUCCAGCAAUAUGUCUUUUACAUUUCCAGAAUGUUUGCCUGAUUGUUUCAUACUAAUGU